AGUAAAAAAUAUGGUACAUACUUUGUGCGCUAAAAGUAGAAAAGUUUCGAAAUUAGAACUGUUUUUAUUUUAUGUUGCUUCGAUUUUGUUGAACUUUGUUUAAUAUUGUUCUUUGGUUCACAGGGUUUAAAACGCAAGCGAAUUAGAAAAUUUGAAGUUGAUCAACUAAAGUCGCUCCGUUUGAUCUUUGAACGCCUUGGUUCUAAAUUUUUGAAGUCUCUUUUAUAUUUAGGAGGCGAAGAGCCUGAUUCCAAACCUGCCUAUAACACUAAACUAAAAGUUAUAAAUUAUAUCUAUUAUUUAUUAGCAGUAGCACCGUCUGACCUUGGUAUGCCGGCCUUAGUGCCUAGCUUUGCGACUUGCGAGUGUGAAAUGUCAAACUGAUAAAAUGAAUCAGGAUUGUUUUUAUUAGAUAAAAGGUGUCAUUUAAUAGAAUACGUAUAUUGCUAUAUAAUAUUUCAACUAUUCACUAGGCAGUUGAUUAAUUAUUAAUAGGUAGCUUACCCACGAUAUAAUAUUAUUAUAUGUACUUACAUUAUUUAACAACAUCUUGACAAAAAGAAAUGGCUUAUAUAGUUGAUAUGAGAUCAGACACGGUAACUAAACCAACCAAAGCUAUGAAGCAUGCUAUGGUCAAUUCAGCUCUGGGGGAUGAUGUAUAUGGUGAAGACCCUACAGUAAUUACUUUGCAGAAGAAAGUAGCCACACUCCUUGGAAAACAAGCUAGUCUGUUUGUUCCUAGUGGAACUAUGUCAAAUCUUAUUGCUGUUAUGGUGCACUGCAACAAACGUGGAUCAGAGGUCAUAUUAGGAAAUUUAUCACACAUUUACAAAUAUGAGCAAGGUGGCGCAGCCCAUGUCGCUGGUGUCCAGCUAACAGCAGUACCCAACAACCCUGACGGUACAUUUGACUUAAGGGAUGUAGAGAAAAGGAUCCGUGGUAGUGACAUACAUGAGCCAAUCACCUCACUCAUUGCUAUUGAGAACACACAUAAUGUUUGUGGAGGCAAGGUAAUCCCAUUAGAUUGGUUGGAUUCUGUAUCCGAGCUAUGUAAGAAACAUUCUCUGCCACUCCAUCUGGAUGGAGCAAGGUUGCUGAAUGCCAGCACCCACCUUCAGUUGCCUCCGGAGCGGCUAGUGCGAGGAUGUGACAGCAUCUCCCUCUGCUUUAGCAAGGGUCUAUCUGCACCUGUUGGUUCGGUGCUCGUUGGGUCUUAUCACUUUAUAGAACAGGCGCGGCGCGUGCGCAAGAUGCUGGGCGGUGGCAUGCGACAGGCCGGCGUGCUAGCGGCGCCCGCGCUCGUGGCACUGGACGAGGUGGCGCCCGCGCUGGCCCUGGACCACAAGCGAGCGCAGGUCCUGGCCAAGGUCAUCGAAGGAAUGUUCCUGAAGAACUUCACGGUGGACGUGGCGGGUGUCCACACCAACCUAGUGAUGGUGCGGAUACCGGAGAGCAGCUCGCUGACUACACAGCUGGUGGAGCAGAGGCUGGGACAAGUUUGUUUGGCAGAGACACAGGGCGACUGUAAGACUCCCAAUGACGAGGGAGUCAUUGUGAAGGUGUGCUGCUUCAGCGACAAGUUGCUCCGACUGACGCUGCACCACGACAUCUGCGACGAGGAUCUGUGGCUGGCCAUCAUGAAGCUCACCUACGUGUUCCGCGAGCUGGAAGCAGCUCACCCACUGCACUAGAUCAGACACUAUGCUCAAAUUAUUUACAGUUUUAUCUUGUGCAAAUUUUUAUAUAGUUGACACUAGAUAUUAAGUUUACACAAAUUAUGUAUAUAAUACUUAAAAAUAGAUAUAUUAUAUUCUUCUCGAAUUAUAUUUUUUUAAUGUGUUUGCUAAAUAAUGCAUUGCAAGAAAUUUAACAAAAGGAUGUGAUCUGAUCACUGAUAAUAGUCAACAGGGAUUUCUAUAGAAAUGUCCAUGAAAAUACAACUUCAGAUUUAUAAUUUCAAUUAUUUUGAUUUCUAUAAUGAUAUUUUAUUUUUGCAUACGGAAAAACAACACAUGAAAAUACCUAAAUCGAUGAAUCGACGACAGCUGAGCGCGUGAGUUAACACUAUUUUGACUGUCAAAGGUUAUAAUUACUUUGUAAAUAAUGAUGAUAUAAAAAGUAUAUUAUACUUAUAUAUUUAUUUGAAUUUAUCAAUAAAUUAAUGAUCUUAAUCAAACCUUAGCUUGUAAUUAUGUAUACAUCAAAAAAUUGUUGUUGUUCUUGCCACAUUUUCCAUGCUAAUUGUCUAUUUGAGACAAGUUUUAUGAUUUUUUUCAUUUGUUUUGACCACUGCAAACAAAAUACAAAUUAAAAUAAGUAAAAUCGUUUUUGAAUUAAGGGACACUAACGAAUGGUACUUACUUGAUUUUAUAUACCUAGUCUUGCCAUAAAUACUGAAACAAUGAAAAAAAGAUUUCUAUUGCAUUAUUACUUUUACAGUGUGUUAGUAUAAUUAAUAAAUAUAAAACGAUUUAAAUUAUAAAAAGCUUAUUCGAAGUGGUCUCCAUUGGCUGCAAUACAGUCCUUUAAAUGUUGAGCCCAGUUAUCAAUAGAACACUAUUUCCAUGGAAAAAUUCUCUAAAUCUCUUUCUAAUGCACUGCCAAUCGUACGGAUUUGUUUAAGGGACUUCAAAUUAUGAUGUCGUUUAGAGCAAGCCGUACCUACUCUCUAAAACUGAAUAUAAAUCAUUAUCCACCGGAUUAAGAUCGGGACUGGACGACAGCCAGUCUUCAGCUGUGAUGAAGUCCGAAACGUUCUUUCUAACCAUGACUGCGUAGUCCGAGCUUUAUGACGUGGCUCCCAGUCUUGCUGGAAGGACCAUUCUUGGUUAUUGAACAUGGCGUUGUUAAAUGGCUUCACUACCUUCUCAAGAAUGAUAUGUUGAUACACGUGUGCCGUUGUUUUGAUACCUUUUUCACAAAAGUAUGGCACAGUUACUCCUUCAUAGCUAAAUACUCCACCAAACCAUCACUGAAGUCGGAUAGUGCCCACGUUGCACUCUGUCGACUAAUUGGGAAGCUUCCUUAGAGCUUUGAGCAAUAAUUUCUGUCAUUUUAUUUGUUAAAAUGUUGCUCAAUUGUAAAUUUUUUCUCAUCUCUUUGACCACCUUUUUCGUACGAACACUAGGAGGUCUCAUUGUACCUAUUAAUAGCCCGGUACACAAACAUUAUACUAAUGCCAAGCGUAUGGAGAGUUUUAAAAAUUGCAGUUGGCUCCAUACCUACUUUGUGUAAUGCAAUCACAGCGAUUUGGUUCUCUAUAUCACCCCACUCCACUUUAACAUUGCAAAAUAUUGUACAAUGCAUUGGCGCCAAAAUGAGAAAACUCAAUGAACAAACAUAUAAUAAUGAAAGAUUCCAAAUUCAAAUGUAAUAUUUUUUUUUUUUUUACUGUAACAGUAUUUAUGGCAAGACUAAGUAUAGUAAGAUUUCUUGUAAAUUUUGUAAUUGAUUUAUGAGAUUAAAUAUAUAUAUAUAUAUAUUAUACUAUUGAUAAUAUUUACACUGGUUAUGUUUGUAAUAAAAUACAAUUGUUGAUUAUUUUAUGUUUUUAUUUUUGUACAUACAAAAACGGUGAAAUGAUAAAAAAUAUAUAAAAGAGGAUGUAUGUUUGUUGUUCCCUAAUAACUCCUAAACUAUUCGACCGAUUUCAAUGAAAUCUUUUGUAUUAGAUUCGUUAAAGCUCAAGCAAGGUUUACAUAUAUAAUUUAUAUGGCAAAACAACGUUUGCCAGGUCAGCUAGUUUUGAAUAAAAAUAAGUAUAAAGUGCCAUAAAGAGUAUCGAAGAGGGGAUCGUGCCGUCCGCCAUUUUGUGGAUUUUAAGUCACUAUGGAGCCGUACCCAGGAACGCAUCGCGCUUUUUGCGUACGCGUAUAGCGUAUUAUCGCAAUGGUGAUUCAAUUGUGGCGUCUCAACGUUUGUAUCGUGCGGAAUACCGUACCCGCCAUGCACCGAGUGACGUUAGCAUUAGAAAAUGGAUCCGCAUGUUCGAGAAUACAGGUGCGAUGGUAAAAAUUCAACACUCUGGCCGCCUUCAGGCCAACAUCAGUACGCGACGAAGAAACGACUCGAGAAGUAGACGCGUCAGUUCGCCAAAUUCCAUUUUUAUCCAUCCGAAAGCGAGGCCAAUCAUUAAACAUAAAAUUUUCCUUCAUAACAUAGUAUAGUAAUAACAUGGUAGGAUUGACAGUACAGAGCUAACUGAACUAUUCAUACAAUUACAAGUGCCGUCAGUUCGCACUGGACACACGUCUCUAUUCCAAGUCCCGCUGAGUCACACUAAUUAUUAUGAAAAUUCGAUAAUCCGUCGCACUCUAUGCAGCUAUAAUAAGCAAUUCAACAGUACUGAACUUUUUAAUAACAGUAAAGGCUGCUUUAAAAGGAGUGUUAAUAAAACUCUAAAGAAAGGUUAAAUUUAGAGUAAUUCACAAACACACACACGCACUCUAACCAAACCACACACGCACAAAUAUCAUGUCUUAUUAUAAAUAUUGUAAAUCCGUUAUUAGAUGUAAGUCCUACAAAAUAGUAUUAUUAUAACCUUAUUUAAGUUCUGUGGAUUUUGUGAUGUUUUAAAUAAAUAAAUAAAAAAUC